AUGUCUCACCAACCCGUGGCCCUGCGUGCAAACUCCUCGCCCCCACGAACCCCUCCGUCUGCCAACGCCAUGCCGGUCAAACGAGCGCCCCAUCCGCGUCCUUCCGUGCGCGAAACCUUCUUGGACGACUUCAACCACACCGACCAGACCAACAGCAGCAAUGAGUCCGGAGACGAGCGCGAUCCGCACGAUCUGUCCUUGUCCCCCAAGCAUGCCGCCCGCACCUCCAUCGUCGACAAUAUGCUGCUCUCCUUGGACCAGUUCGCCACCACCAAUUCCUCGGUCCUCGAUGACUACCGCUUGUUCAAUUCCGCCUUCGAGUCCGACAACGCCCACGGCCGCUCCUCGCAGGACUCCAUGGCCCCGCCGCGCCAUCGCGGCCAUACAUUUUCGUCCUCCCUGUCCUCCGAGGCCGAUUUCCACUACGAUGACGCCGCCGGCCGCUACGGCGCCCCGCAGGGAAGGACCCGCCGGAGCACCAGUAGCUCCAACUAUCAGUCCAGCCUGCGGAGGUUUGGGAGCGCCCGGACUCCCGACCACCGGCCCGCGCGCGGCCAGUUUGGCGACGGGCGAACCCCGACCGGCGUGGUUACCGCCACCAGCCGUGGCCCCAGAAAGGGCAGCAAGGGGAGUACCACGUCCAAUAUCGAUUUUGGCCCGUCCCUGGCGCGACGCCGGGCCGAGUCGGCUGACGAGAGGCGCUCCGCCAGCUUCGACUACGGCUCGCGACACCCCUUUGUCCCCUUCGCUGAGCCCGCCGAGUAUCACUCGUUGGUCUACCGUGAUGAUGAUGAUGAUGAUGAUGAUGAUGAUGAUGAUGAUGACGACGACGACGACGCCGCCCCCACGCCCAGUGUCCCCGCGGGGCCCCGGAAACACCUGGCGUCGUCGCACAGCGAGUAUGCCGCGGCCCCGACGCACCAGUCGUCACGCACCCCGAUCGUCUCGCGGAAGAACAGCGUGAAAUCCUCCAAGACCAACCCGGGCCGGAAGCCGCGCCCGGAGAACCUCGGCACCACUAUCAUGAAGGUCCGCGACCAGGGCCUGGCCGACCUCGAGGACCCCGACCUAGACCUGCCCCCGCCGAUCCCGGGCGCCUUCGACCCGCCCGCCCCAAGCCCCACGAUCUCCUUCAACAAGCCGACCUUCCCCGCCCCGCCGCCGCCCGAACCGGCCCCGCCCAAGGAACGCCAGGGCUUCUUCCGCCGGGUUUUCGGGUCGUCCAAGCCUUCCACCCCGGCCCCGUCGGAGACCACCCCAUCCGAGGCCUCGUUCCCUGCAGGCGGCGACCCGAAAGGCAUCAGUGCACCGGGCCCCGAGGCGAAGACGUGGCGGCAGCCGCCGAAGGCUAACACGACGGGCGCCGGUCCCGCGCGCGAGGCCGCCCCGCAAGUGGUCAACAAGAAGCCCUCCUUCUUCCGUCGCCGCAAGAAGUCGGUCGCCGAGAGCACCCCGCCCCCCAUUGUGCUUCCGCAAGACCCCGGUCCGCGAACCACGGUGGACCCCCCGAAGCUCGACCGGAGCCCCGCGAGCAGUUUGCGGGAGGUGAUGAACCCGUUCCUGGGGGAGGGUCGUGGCACCGACUCGCCGGAGGCGGGGCGGACUGGCCCCGAAAAGCUGGAGAUCAAGAAGUCGGGGGGCCUGUUCCCGCAGACGCAGCGCGAGAGUGUGCUGGGCCCCGCUGACGCGCGGCCUAGGUACAGUCUCUAUCCGGUUGCCACGUCCCACGGGGCCUACGACACCUCGUUCCUGGCGGGGAACAGUAGCGGGGAUGACGACCGAUCCAGCGAUGUCGACCCCGUCUCCGCCGCCGAGCCGAACCCGAACGAGGAACGGAAUGCGCCCGCCGGCCGCGACCCGCCCACGAUGUCGAACUCCCGGCUGACGCCCCAGGACCUCACGGGGCCGUCCCUCUCCCCCGUGGUGGAGAGCUUCUCCCAGAAGAGCAUCUCGCCUGUCGACGGUCCCGAACGGCGUCACAGCCUGUUCCCGGGGCCGGGGGAGUCGGACGCCACCAAACCCCCCAGCGACUCGAUCCCGUACGGGGACGCCCACAACAACACCCGCCCGUUGUCCGCCUCGAUGGUGGGUACCGGUGGUGGUUCUUCCCCGGGGGGCGCCCUCGGCGGGGCCCCCGCGACGGCGGCCAGCGAGGGCGCCACGCGUGGUGCCAACCAGCCCGCGGCGGACGAGCCCGCGGACUCCAUCCAAGGACAAGCCCGAAAGCUCUUUGACAGCCAGGAUGAGGUGAUCGGGAACGACCCGGCGGCCGCUUGGCUUGGGGAUCCCGACCGAGCCGCGACGCGCAAGGCCUAUAUGGAUCUCUUCGACUUCGCCAAUUUGAAUAUCUUGGCGGCCCUGCGCAGUCUGUGCAACCGGCUGGUCCUCAAGGGGGAGACGCAGCAGGUCGAUCGAGUGCUGGAUGCCUUCUCUGUCCGAUGGUGUCAGUGCAAUCCCAAUCAUGGUUUCAAGGCCGCAGAUGUCGUGCACACCAUCUGUUACUCGCUGCUCCUCUUGAACACGGACUUGCACCUUGCGGACAUCGAACAGAAGAUGACCAAAAGCCAAUUCGUCCGGAACACGAUACCCACCGUCCGCCGAGUGGCCGCCGACGCAACCCCCGAUCCGUCUGACUCCCCUCUCGAUGGGUCCCAGCCCGGCCGCGCGGAUGAAGCUGAUCCGGCCAAACCCGCCAACGCACCGGCCAAACUCGUCAAUCGACUCUCUCGGACCGACCUCUCGAUCAAGCUGGCCGGAGACCCGGACAGCGACGGCGGUCCCUUGGUCAGCACGCCGUUUUACGGCAGCCUGCGGGCCUGGGAGCAGCAGGUGGAGACGGUUCUCCGCGACUUCUACACCUCCAUCCAGAAACAGAGGCUGCCCCUGUUCGGCGCGCCGCCGGAGGGCCCCCGGGGGUCAUCGAACGCGCUUCUGGGCCCCAGUUCCAAUAGCCUUCGUCGGAGUCCCAGCACCGUGAGCAAGAGCGGCUCCGAUAUCUACCCGCGGGGCCGCUCGGCCGAUUCCCGCUACGGCACUGCCCGGUGGUCAUCCAAGCCUCGAUCCCGGGGGCGACUGUACCCGCCCUCCACUAUGGGGUCUAGCCGGACCAGUUUGGACGACCAGUCGUCGCUGUGGAGCCCGUCCGGCUCCAGCACCUGGAGCAAAUACUCCCUGGGGAAGCUGACCUCGGCGUCUGUGGAUUCCUUCGGGUCGGAGUAUCCCCGGGGCGACUACCAGCAGUCGAUCGGGUUUGCCAACGCGCUCAGUCAGGCCAUCAUCCGCGAGGAUUCCGCCCAGUCGAUCACCAGCAUGGAUGAUCCCGAGCGGACCACCCCUCUGCUAGAGGAUGAGACCCUGCAGCUCGCCGGCGCGCCGUGGGCCAAGGAGGGCAGCUUGACCCACAAGCACCACUUGGACUCGGUCGACAAGCGUGCCAAGGACCGCAAUUGGGGCGACUGCUUUGCGGUCAUCCAGCAGGGCUGGAUGCGCCUCUUCUCCUUCAAAACCCCGCCGAAGUCGGGCCGACAGAAGUCGCGGCAACGCCAGCCGGGUGGUGUUGUCGUGGGCGGAGGCAACUGGACCGAGAACGCCGAAGAGACCUGGAAGUUCCUGCUGCGGCAAACCAUCGCCAGCGCCCUUCCACCCCCCGGGUACUCCAAGUCUCGUCCGCACGUCUGGGCGUUGAGCCUGCCCACCGGCGCCGUGCACCUGUUCCAGGCGGGCACGCCGGAGAUUGUCCGCGAGUUCGUCUCCAGUGCCAAUUACUGGAGCGCGCGGCUCUCCAAGGAGCCCUUGAUCGGCGGAGUCAGCAACAUCGAAUAUGGCUGGAGCGACGCCGUCAUCAACAGCGCGCUGAUCGACGCCAACCGGGCGACUCCGCCAUCGUCCUCGGGCGCUCGCCCAAGCAUCCAGAGCUCCAUCCGCAGCUCCAUCGACCAGCAGGGUGGCGUGCGGCCGCGUCUCCCCGCCGACCGGGUGCACAUCAGCGACUGGGCGCCCCCUCAACAGAGCAUGAUGGCGUCCACGCUGACGGAAGACGACCAGCUCAAGGCCCUCCAAGCGUACGUCCGCAAGGUCGAAGAGGAGCUGCAGCGCCACAACGAGCUGCGAUCGGCCAUGGUCCUGGCCUUCUCACCGCGACACCCCAACGGGGUCAAGGCGAUGGCCAACUGGGAGCGGAAAUCCGCCUACUUGCUGCGGGAGAUUGUCAAGUUCCGCACCUAUAUCGACUCCCUCCAGGGAGCGAUUGACGCCAAAAAUAAGAUCUACGCUUCUCGCGAGGAGCCCGCGGAGCCUGUUCCAUCAUGA